AUGGAAACGUCAAGCCCAGCAUCGUCCUCCACCGUUCUGCCGAGCCUCGAGGCAGAGACUGGACCGGCGCGCCAGGACUCAGCUCUGGGCGAGCGAAGCUUCGAACAUGCACCGCUGGACAAUACUCGGAAUGAGAUACGACUUCUUGAAAUCCAUCGCUCGAAGCUCGAUGGCCGAUACAACGUCUCUGUGACGAGAUGGCCAAUCACGGCAGCACCGAGAUACGCUGCAAUUUCGUACACCUGGGGCGAUGACGAGGCAAUCGACACUAUCUGGCUAAACAAACAAGCCUUCAAGGUCACAAAGAACUGUCGCUAUGCGAUCAAACAGCUGCAUUACCUCUCACCUUAUCAACAAUAUCGAUACUACUGGAUCGAUUCUAUUUGCAUAGACCAGAGCCGCAACGACGAGCGCAGCCACCAAGUCAACAUGAUGGGCGACAUCUUCUCUCGAGCCGACUGUGUCUUUGUCUCAUUGGGCAAGCACGCGGAGGGAAGCGAGCACCUCUUCGAUAACAUCCCCAUGACGGGUUUCGACCGCCGAAAGUCGUCUAUUGCAUGGCUUGAUGGACUGGAUAGCGAAACGUCCUGGGAUGUCUAUCGUGGCCUGGUUGCUACAAGUCACGCACCAUACUGGACACGAGUAUGGGUGCUCCAAGAGUUCAUCCUGGCCCGCAGACUCACCAUACUCUGCGGGGACUCCUGGGCUGACUGGCAGACAUUAUACGAUAUCAUGAGCACUGUUGUAGUGCAUCGAGGCCGCAUGUGUGUACAUGCCAACAAGACGUUUCGAGCAAUGCGGGACCAAAUCACAGACUCAGCGAUGAGACUCUCCGCAGAUGCGAGAUGCCCAGCUCAUAGAAUGGCGUACGAUGAUCAAGGCAAACCACGACGUAUCGAGAGACGGAUGGUAUCCCAGAAUCUAUCUGCUAUACUAAGAAUCGUCCGGGGCCGUCGUUGCACUGAUUCAAGAGAUAGAAUUUUUGGCAUCUUGGGGCUCGUGAACUGGCUACAGUAUGACUCACCGGUGCUGGCGGACUACUCUUUGAGCCGCCUAGAGGUGGCGAUUAGGAGUGUCAGUCAUCUUGAUCAUGUUAUGGGCUCGCUGCACGACAUCGACCUAGGGCUACUGUUGGACACUCUCGAACUGUCCAUCAGUGAUGCUGACUUCGAGGGACUCGUCGCAUCACGACGUGUGAGACGCCCACCACGAACUACUCACACGUCAAAGGUAGUCCCCAGUUGGGCUAUGAGCGGUCUGUGGGAGUUCGCAGCGACGGACCAAAAGGGAGGCAUGCUGCCACAUGACGGCGGCGCGCCUCUUGCCCAGAACAUGAUCUUGAGCCCGGACUGUACCCUCGUCGAGGGUGACAUCGCCGUAGAGUGCUUGAGUGGACAGCAAUUCAUUCUCCGGUGGUUGGAGGGCGAGCAAUGGCAGAUUAUCGGUGUUGCCAAGUUUUUAUCUGGUCUCCAAAGGAGUCGGGACGUAAAGGAGAUGAAGCAUUUCACCAUCUUUAUGGGAGCUGAAGAUCUACUGGUGUGGUACUUUCUGGAGACGAGGUUCGAAACAGAAGCAGCACUCGGUAGUAGCGUCAGGCUUGUCGAUAGUCCGACCGUGUCGUAUGCUCUUGAGGAGGCGGCAAGCGAUGUUGUUAGUGAUCUGGAAAGCAAACCGCACUUCCCUAUAUCUGAUCUGGACAUGUUCUAG